CUCCCUCAAAAAGUCUCUUCUUCCAGACUCCCAGUUUCUUACUUCUCAUCAUUUCGAAAAUCCCGUUGUUGUUCCUACAUCGAAGGAAUCAGCCCCGCAGCCAUGGGUGAGGUGAAAAGCUAUGAGCUGUCGGACAUCGACAAAAUGGGCUUCACCAAGACUGUGAAAAUCGUCUUCUUCUAUGAGCUACAAGCUACCGUCGACUCAGAGAACCUAAUCUCCUCCUUGCUGGAAGGGAUCAGAAACGCAACCCGUCAACUGCCCUUCCUGGCGGGAGACCUCCAGUUUAACGAAGCCGGCAAGCUCUGCAGCGUCACCACAUCUGAAAGCCAAGUCGAUGUCAACAUCCGCCGAUUCGAGCCCACAGAGUGCGAGCCUUUCUCUGUUUUAUCCAAGGGCUCGUUCUCUCCAGAACUGGACCUGACCCGGUUUCUUCCGGAAGAGCCAGUCGGCAAACAGCCAGCCUGCAAAAUACGAAUCGGUGUCAUCGACGGAGGCCUUACGCUGGGGCUGAGACUAAACCACGCAUCUGGGGACUGGACAUCCCUCGAUACCUGCCUCGCUCUCAUUAGCCAAAGCACCAAGGCACACCUUGAAGGCGAGGCGAUGCCUACCUACACCCCGGACCUCAACAGAGCCGCGUUCAACACCCCAGCGCCCGACCCCGCCAUCACCCGAGCAGACCAACUCGCCAAAGUCCCAUUCUUCAGCGUGAUCGAGAAGAGUCAAUUCAAGAUCAACCCACCCCCACCCUGCCGGGCAAACAUCUACCGGAUCUCCGAGCCCACCAUUCAACAACUCAAAGCCGAAUGCAACCCCCACCUCGACGGAGUCGCCUACAUCACCUCCUACGACUGCAUCUCCGCCCUAAUCUGGACAGCCAUCACCCGAGCCCGCCUCCACAUCCACCCGGACAGAUUCAACGCCCCAACUCGCUUCGUACACCCCAUCGACGUUCGCACGCGCGACCCAGACCAAAAGACCUCGCCCCAGUACUUCGGCAACGCAGUUCUGGGCACCCUCGCCGGCCCGCAGCCCGCCAAGGACCUGAUCGCAUCCGCCGACGGCGCAACAGACGCCCCCGCCCGCAGCCUCGCCACAGCCGCAAGCCUCGUGCGCCGAUCGAUCUCGCGCAUUGACGUCUCCUCCUUCGCCGCCAUGACGGGCCUGCUGGCCUCUCUGACGCCGACGGAGACCCUCGCCCCCAACGCCGACUUUGGGGAUAUGGACCUGUUCAUGAACACGUGGUACUCGGGCAGUGUGGAGAAGUACGAUCUUGGGGCCGGGGUGGUGCCGGCGGCCGUGCGCGUGCAGGCGGGGAUGCCCGGGGCGUGCGCGAGCAUCUUGCCAAAUUUCUCGCGCGGGGGGCCCCGGGUCUUUGAUGUCUAUGUGCAGGCGCCGGUGGAGGUGUACGAGGUUCUUGGCGGGGAUGAGCAGUUUUCGAAGUAUUUUGAGCUCGUGGCGUGAGGGGAGUUGAAUCUGGGCUGUUGGAUGGUCUUGAAAUUGAAUGUUGUUAGAUUCUUGUGUUUCGGUUGUCUGCAAUCCAGGCUGUGGAUUGAGUAUUCGUGCAUGAAGGAUAAUUUUGGUAACAACCUUGGAUUUGCUGAGAGCUUUAUCUAUGGCAUACGGAACCAUUGGUUGCGGAAGUUAGGGCUUCCCACCCGCUCAGCUAGUGAAGGUUUACUGCACUAGCUCCGGUCAGCAUCGAUAUUUCUUCCAAUGAGUGUAGGUGACUUCCUUUAUCGUCUGAAAGAUGCCUCAAACCACUUAGCUAUAGUAGCCACACUACCUUAGCCU